AUGAGGCCAAUUCUUCUGCAGGGACACGAGCGUUCAUUGACGCAGAUCAAGUUCAACAAGGAGGGCGAUCUCCUCUUCUCCUGCUCCAAGGACCACGUCAUCAACGUCUGGUUCUCACACAACGGCGAGCGUCUCGGUACAUACAAUGGCCACAACGGCACAGUAUGGACAUGCGACGUCGACUCUGAAUCCCGCUUUUUGGUCACCGGAUCUGCCGACAACGAGAUGAGGUUAUGGGAGGUCGCGACCGGAAAGUGCCUCUACGUCUGGGAGUUCCCGACGGCGGUGAAGCGCGUCGCCUUCAACGCCGAGGACGAUCAGAUCGUCUGCAUCACCGAGCAGCGCAUGGGCCACCAGGGCGCAAUUCGCAUCUUCGACAUCAACCGCGAGGGCGACGGACGGGACCAGAAUACCGAGCCAGCGUCGAUGUUCCAUCCAAUCGGCUCCAAGCCGACCGUUUGCGCCUUCCCGUACAUGCCUGGCCUCAUCUUGACUGGCCACGAGUCGGGCAAGGUCGCUUUGUUCGACGCGAAGAGUGGAGAGGAGGUUGAGAGCAAUGAGAGGGCACACGGAGACGUCGUUACGGACUUGCAACUUUCGCCCGAUCGCACAUACUUCAUCACCAGCUCGAAGGACAAAUCUUCGCGCGUGCACGAUGCUGCCACUCUGAAGGUGCUCAAGACUUACACCACGGAGACGCCAUUGAACAGUGCCGCACUCGCUGCUGGUGCACCGUAUGUUUUGUUGGGAGGUGGACAGGAUGCUAUGAAUGUCACGACUACCAGCGCACGGCAGGGCAAGUUCGAGACGCGUUUCUGGCACAAGAUCUUCGAGGAGGAGGUCGGCCGUGUCAAGGGACACUUCGGCCCGCUCAACACCAUUGCGGUUCACCCAGCUGGCACUGGCUACGCAUCGGGAGGUGAGGACGGUUUUGUGCGCAUGCACCACUUCGACGAGUCCUACUUCAAGGCAAAGCCGUAUGGCGACCUCGAGAUCCUCGAUUGA